AUGGUGUCUCGACACGAUCGGCAAGAAAAUGAGGACAACCCUGCCAUUCACUACGGGUUGAUUGGUUCCGCAAAUAAGGUGAUGAAGAAUGCCGAAAUACGAGACAAGCUUUCGGCGAAAAAGGGUAUCUUGUGCUUUGAGAUGGAAGCGGCCGGCCUGAUGAACCACUUUCCGUGUUUGGUCAUCCGUGGUAUAUGCGACUAUGCCGACUCCCACAAGAACAAGGAAUGGCAAGGGUUUGCAGCGAUGAGUCUAAAGCUUGGCGAAGCUGAGGAUCUGUCUAUCGCCCUCAAUCCUCAUUUCCUUGUGCCGUUCCCCUCCGAUCCUGAUUUUGUGGACCGAUCCGACAUCUGGACAUGGAUGGAAAGGCAGUAUGCCGGACCCGAGAGCCGUUUUGCUCUUGUGGGUCUGGGCGGAUUUGGCAGCAGCAAGUCCCAGAUGGCCAUACGAUUCGCUCACGAAGUCCACGCCACCUCACCCCAAACCAGCGUCUUCUGGGUUCACGGCAGCACGAAAGCGACAUUCGAAGAGUCUUACCGCUCCAUAGCUAAUAUCUUGGCACUGCCCCAUCGCCACGACCCCGACGUCAAUAUCCUAGGGCUAGUCCGUGACUGGCUGCAGAGAGAGGAUACAAGCCGGUGGCUAAUGAUUGUCGACAAUGCAGAUGACUUCAAGAUGCUAUUCUCGAAUAAUGGCAGUGGCAAUGACGCCAAGAUACCAACAGCUUCGUACCUGCCCAAUAAGGAUAACGGCAAGAUCCUGUUUACGUCCCGCAGCUGGGACGCUGCGGAGAGGCUAAUAGGUAACGGCAAGAUGAUCCAUCAAGUCCCGACAAUGGAGGAGGCGCAGGCGCUACUUCUUCUCCAAAAGAAACUAGGCCAAGGUGUCGACGAAACUGCCGCGCUGCGCUUGAUUCACACCCUCGACUAUAUCCCGCUGGCUGUGAACCAAGCAGCAGCGUACAUCUUCAAACGAAGUCCCCGGGUGACCGUCCAAUCAUAUUUGGACGAAUUCCAGAAGAGUGAAAAGCGGAAGGGCACUCUGCUUCGCAGUGAUAGAGGCGAUAUCCGACGAUAUGAAGGCGUCUCUAAUUCUGUUCUGGUAACGUGGCAGGUAACGUUUGAACAGAUCAAACGGGAGCAGCCUCGGGCGGCCAAUCUUCUUUCGCUCAUGAGCUACUUCCACGCUCCAAAUAUUCCCGAUUAUAUGUUGUACAACUACAACAGCAGUAGCAUAGGUGCGGAGAGUGACGAUGACCACAAGGAAACCAGUGACGAGGACUUUGAGGAUGACCUGGAUGUGCUCCGGGGCUACUCACUCGUUACCAUGACAGCUAUGCCAGGUUUCUCAGAGAUGUACUCGCUAGUGCAAUUUUGCACCAAAUGUCAAACGCUUAUGCCCCAUGUAGAGCCGCUAUUGGACAAAGAGCCGUCGGAAGAAUACGAUCGGCUGCAAUGGAGCAGGUUGCUGACGAAUGUGUCUUGGUACUUGGUGAUGCUUGGCAACUAUUCCAGGGCGGAGAUCUUAGUUCAAGACGCUAUUAGAACCAGGAGGGAAAUACAAGGGGAGGAGCAUUCCUCGACGCUGGCCAGCAUGGCUAACCUGGCGUCGACGUACUGGAUGCAAGGCCGAUGGAAAGAGGCCGAGGAGCUGUUUUUACGUGUAAUGGAGACGGACUUGAGGGUGUUUAGAGAGGAGUAUCCCUCGGCGCUGACGAGCAUAGGAAACCUGGCGUCAAUAUACAGUAACCAAGGCCGGUGGAAGGAGGCCGAGAAGCUGCAAGUAAAGGAACUGAGUAUUUCCACAACAGUACUUGGAGAGGAGCAUCCCAACACGCUGACGAGCAUGGCCAACCUGGCGUCGACGUACAGGGACCAAGGCCGAUGGAAGGAGGCCGAGGAGCUGUUUUUAGGGGUAAUGGAGACGAGCUUGAGGGUGCUUGGAGAGGAGCAUCUGCACACGCUGACUAGCAUGGGUAACCUAGCGUUAACGUACAUGAACCAAGGCCGGUGGAAGGAGGCCGAGGAGCUGGGGGUGUGGGUGAUGGAGACGUUCAAGAGGGUGCUUGGAGAGAAUCAUUCCGAUACGCUAACGAGUAUGGCCAACCUGGCGUCAACAUACAGUAACCAAGGCCGGUGGAAGGAGGCCGAGGAGCUGGAGGUGCGGGUGAUGGAGACGAGAAAGAUGGUACUUGGAGAGGAGCAUCCCGACACGCUGACGAGCAUGCAUAAUCUUGCCUUUACUUGGAAAGACCAGGAACGAUGGAAAGAUGCAAUUGAGCUUUCAAAGAGCUGUGUUCGCCUCAGGGGGAAUGUCCUUGGUGUGGACCAUCCAGACACGAUAUCUUCCGCAUCAGCCCUGUCAGACUGGGAGCUAGAUUUCGGGGAAACUAGCCGCAAGGUUCCAUGA